AUGCCAACGACCAACGACUACCUUGUCAAUACUCAGUUUAAAAUGGGUGGCGAUGAUUCAAUUCCAGCCGUAACACCAGCACCUGUAGCGCCGGCUACUGCAAGGAUGAAGGGCGGUAAGCAACAAAUGUCUCCUACAGGCUCGCCACAAACCCCAUUGAUGCCAGCCGCAGAAGUGUCGGGAAUGAGCGAAGGGCAAAAUUCAAUAACCUCAGACCCUCAAUCGCAGGUGCAGGCGCAAUCACAACCACAGAGGAAUGGAAGACCUCGUGCCAUGGAGCCAAAACAGUUUCAUAGAAAAUCCCUUGGUGACUGGGAUUUUUUAGAGACGGUUGGAGCAGGCUCUAUGGGUAAAGUAAAACUGGCUAAGCAUCACUAUACCAACGAAGUUUGUGCAAUAAAAAUUGUUAAUAGGGCUACGAAGGCGUUUCUUCACAAAGAGCAGUCUUUACCUCCACCACAGAAUGAACAAGAAAUGUUAGAGAGGCAGAAAAAAUUGGAAAAGGAAAUUUCUCGCGAUAAAAGAACUAUUAGGGAGGCCUCAUUAGGGCAAAUUCUUUAUCAUCCACAUAUCUGUAGAUUGUUCGAAAUGUGCACAAUGUCCAAUCAUUUUUAUAUGCUUUUUGAGUAUGUUUCAGGUGGACAAUUACUUGAUUAUAUUAUUCAACACGGCUCAUUAAGGGAGCAUCAUGCUAGAACGUUUGCAAGAGGUGUAGCCAGUGCUUUGCAAUACCUACAUGCCAAUAACAUUGUACACAGAGAUUUAAAAAUUGAAAAUAUAAUGAUAUCCACGUCAGGUGAAAUCAAGAUUAUCGACUUCGGUCUGUCAAAUUUAUUUGAUUCAAGGAAGCAGUUACAUACAUUUUGUGGGUCUUUAUAUUUCGCUGCCCCCGAACUUCUAAAAGCUUCGCCCUAUAUAGGACCAGAAGUUGACGUUUGGUCAUUUGGUGUAGUACUAUAUGUCCUAGUUUGUGGCAAAGUUCCAUUCGAUGACGAAAACUCAAGCGUCCUCCAUGAAAAAAUUAAGCAAGGCAAAGUUGAAUAUCCUCAGCAUCUCUCCAUAGAGGUAAUAUCUUUAUUAUCGAAAAUGCUUGUGGUCGAUCCAAAACGAAGAGCAUCAUUAAAACAAGUGGUAGAGCAUCAUUGGAUGAUUAGAGGUUUUGAUUUCCCAGCACCGUCCUAUGUUCCGAAUAGAAUUCCUUUGACAACUGAGAUGCUUGAUAUUAAUGUUGUGAAGGAAAUGUUCCGCUUAGAAUUCGUAGAUGAUAUUGAUGAAACCAUAAAAUUCUUACAAAAAAUUAUAAAAGAGGACACGUAUGUUAAACUGUCUCAACAGUAUUGGGCUACUUUGACUAGCCUCAAUGCACGUAAUGUGAGCCCUAGUAAUGACAUUAAUAGAACAAUGACAAUGGAGUCUGGUAACUUAGCAGCCACGAAUUCUCCCAGUGCAGUGUAUGCCGAUAAAUCAUUUGAAGAUCCUACGCGAGCUUAUCAUCCACUACUGUCAAUUUAUUAUUUGGUAGAUGAGAUGUUGAGACGUAAAUUAGUGAAACUACAAAAGAAACAACAACAGCAGCAAAUACAGCAACAACAACAGCAGCAACAGCAGCAAGAAAUACAACAACAACAAAAUAUUCAAAGAUUAGAGCGACCAAUCGAAACGCCGCAAGGCUUUAAACGUUUACCUCAGGGAGCUCAAAUUCCGAUACCGCAAAUAAAUCAACCCAAUGUUACCGAAAACAUUACAAAUACCAAUAAUACAACUCUCGAUGCCCCUCGAAAUAUGGCAAAUCCUCCUAUCGCUAGUAGUCAAAGGCGGCUGCAGGUGCUUGUACCACCUAAAUUGGCCAUACCAGAACAAGCACACACUUCACCUACAGCGAAGAAAAGCAUCGACGAUCAAACAGAACCGGAAUACGUAUUGUCACCCAUACCUCAAGCAAGUGAUUACCAACAGAGGAGCUCGUCUCCAAUUAGCAUGGAUACUUCUGAGAAACCAAAAUUUGGAAAUAUAUUCAGAAAGUUGUCUCAACGUCGUAGCAAGCAGCAGCAGCCACAACAGCAAGAGCAGCAAACACAGUUACAGAAACCAAUUCGGUUACCAGAAACAGCACAGCCUGUGCCGCAGGUGAGACGCCCUCAAAUUGAAGUUUCAAAUGAAGACGGUAAGAGUUUGCCAAAAACGCACUCUCGUGCUGUGUCAGAAUGUACACCUGCUUCAAUGAAGGUUCCAAUUUUUGGGGAACCCAGUGUGUCGAGACCUUUGAACACUAUAAGAUCUCCUACGAGAUCUGCAUCACAAAAGCAGAACUCAGAACUACCUGCUUUACCUCUCAAUGCCGAAAGCCUGGUGAAACAGCAACGUGAAAAGCAAGGUUUAAGUCCAGAGGAUACGGAAACUACAUUGACAACAAAUAAGUUGAUACCAUCCGAAGGUCAAGAUGAAAGCAAACCGCUACCGCCUCUGAACGUCACAAAAGGCCGGAAGUUACAUCCAAGUGCUAGAGCCAAAUCAGUUGGACAUACGCGCCGUGAAUAUUCGAAGUAUAUGAGACCACCGGUGUCUGCUGAUAUCUCGCCGGAAGAGUAUGCUGAACAUGGGAUUUUAGGAUACGGUGACGACAAUAAGGCUGUAGAUGAUCUAUCUAAUGGUGGAGGUAGUACUUCUCCAAGUGCAUUAGUUUCAUCCUUGGGAAUGACAACGGGGCAUUCCAGCACUACUGAAACUGUCCAUAUUAAACCAUAUAAUGAAGAGCUAACGGAUGAACAAAUUCUCGAAGAGGCAUCAAAAGCGCCACCUGGCUCAAUGCCAUCUAUCGAUUACCCGAGGUCAUUAUUUUUAAAGGGUUUCUUUUCGGUGCAGACUACUUCAUCCAAGCCAUUGCCGAUUGUGAGAUAUAAGAUCAUUCACGUACUGAAGCAGAAGCAUAUACAAUUCAAAGAGGUUAAAGGAGGGUUUGUUUGCAUUCAAAAACUAUCCAUUCACAAUGCGAAAGAAACAGAGGCACCACGACAACAGCAACAACAAGCAGGGUGGAAUGCUGCGUCUCCUGUUCAUGGAAGGUCUAACUCACGACAUGGAUCACUCAGACUCCAUGGAGUGAAUAAAUAUUCUCAAACAAAUGCUUUGUCGUCCCCACUACCCAAUAAUGGCAUGAAGCACGAGAGAAAUUUAUCUAUUGUUUCAUCGCCGCAUCAGAGCAACAUGUCAGGAGAACUGUCUUCAGCCUCUUUGGAGUCAAUGAACCAGGAUGAUAUUUUAACAACAUCAAGAGUCCACGAUAUGAAUAAGAAAGAAAUAGAUGGCGAGAUUUCAGGCGCAAUAGAAAGGCCCCCUAUAAAGUUUGAAAUUCAUAUUGUUAAGGUUCGUAUUGUAGGUCUAGCUGGUGUUCAUUUCAAGAAGAUGUCAGGAAACACGUGGAUGUACAAAGAAUUGGCAUCUGAAAUAUUAAGAGAUUUGAAUUUGUAG